AUGGCGUCCUGUCGCGAUAGACAGGGGUACCCGGCCUUGCCUGCCCUCCUGGCCCGUGUGCCGGGCUGGUCCAAGCAAGUGCAAAGGAAGGAAAACCGCUACCGGGUGGUGGCCAGUCAUCGACCCAGCUGUGCUGAGCCUGCUGCACCUGCCAGACAGGGCGAGGGGAAGGCUGAUGGUGACAGGGGAGACUCUGGAGCAAGGGAAGAUGCUUCACCAAAGGAGGGCGGUGCUGUGGAUGAGGGCUCGGACUGCCGUGGAGAAUUCCAGUUGUUUGAUAUCGUACAAGAAGAGGAGGUGGUGGGAGACUCCAGUGUGACUGCUGCAAACCCACAGCAGAAGACUGAUCCUGAUGUGAUUCUUUGCAAUGCAGUAGAGAUGAUCCGUGAGCGUUUAAAUGUUUCUGAAGAUGGUAAGAAAGAAGAGAAAGUUGAUGAUUAUGUUUAUGAUAUCUACUAUAUGGAAACAUCAGUCCCUGGUUGGAUCCAGGAUAUCCUUUCUGUGCAGCCCUAUAGAGAAGAAUAUGAACUGGUGGAUGAUGAUCACGUUCCAGGGGAAAUAUAUGAAGAUGAAGAUGAUGAAAAUGAUGAAAAUAACUGGCGUAAUGAUUAUCCUGAUGAAGACGAUUUCUUACCUGAGGAAGAUGGUGAUGGAGAAAAAGAGUCUGAAGAGAGCCUCAGUGAUGAGGAGCAAUGUUACAGGAGAAGAACAUGGAACAAAUACCGAGAGGAGGUUCUGCAGGAGUUUGGAUACGAUGAGGUCCAGGAUUUGGAUUCUGACUAA